AUGAAGAGCGCUUCCGCUAGCUGUCCAACGUGCGAAACUAAUUUAAAGGACAAGCAAGACGCACUGAAUAAAUGUGUGGAGUAUGAAAAUACAAUAAAACGUCUUGAAGAUGAAAAAUUAAGCCUAAUAACAGCUAUUAGACUUUUACAGGAAGAUUCGCAAAGCAUCCACUCCAAAACGGACAAGAUUCCGGCAAAUUCUGGUCCAUGGGAAAAAGUUAAUCGAAAGGGCAAGCGAAAUAAUAAUAACAGUCAAGAUCAAAGCCAAACGAAAAAUGAUGAUAAAGCUGCUGAUGCAGAAGGAUAUGGCGUAAAUCAAGACGAAAGCUCCAAGAAAAGGUCAGUUGUUAUACUUGGAGAUUCUAUGACUAAAAACAUACAAGGAUGGAAAUUGUCAACUAAAGACAAGCAUGUAGCUAGAACAUUUCCCGGGUCUACUGUUGAAGACAUGUCUGACUAUUGUAAGCCAUUUACAAGGCAAAAUCCCGAAAAAAUUAUUCUGCAUGUAGGGACUAAUAACGUUGUAAAUGACACUCCAACAAAUGUCGCCACGAAGAUAACUAACUUAGCUAAGAAAAUUAAGAAGGAUCUUCCUUCGACAAAAAUAGCGAUAUCGGGACUAAUCUGUAGGAAGGAUGAGAAGCUUAACAAUAACAUUAAGCAGGUGAACGACGUAUUAAAGAAAAGUUGUAAUUCUAACAAUUGGAAAUUUAUAUCUAACCAUAAUAUUGGAAAUGACAUCAUUAAUGGUAGUGGUGUUCACCUGAACCGUAAGGGCGUGUAUACUUUCGCCAGUAAUCUUAAGUUAGCGAUAAAUAAGGAUUGA